AUGGCCUCCGCGGCGCGGCUCCGCGCCCAGGGCUGCAGGCUGCAGCCUGCAGGGCCGAGGGGCGGCGGCGCGUGGGAAUUCUUCGCCAGUAUGUUGGGCACCAGUUUCAUUGAGGUCAAACUCGAUUACUCAGCCACCAAAAACCUGCCGAAACGACGCGUCCUUGAUGGCAGAUUAUUGGCCGGAGGGCGCACCUGGACGAUAGUUUGCUUCCCGCGUGGGGUUCAUGAGGACCAGUCCGACAAUGGCGAGUACCUCUCUCUCUUCGCCACGACCAAGAGCAAAUCCAGACACGGCGUGAAGGCUGUCUUCCAAGCCUUUCCGAUGAGAAGAGACGGAGCACCAUCGUUGUCCCAUGCAAAAUGGUCAAGCGAGAUCCAUGGUGUUGGCUCCAAUGGUGGAACUGUAAUUGGGUGGCUGAAGUUCAUGAAGCGCAGCGAGCUCGAGCUGGGUUGUUACCUCGUCGAUGGCUGCGUGACAUUUGUAUGUGGAAUCAUAGAUCUCAACAGCAACGACCUGCACCGACGGCUCAGACGUCUCCUUCUCGGUUGGCGGCGAGGCGUUCUGCGCGCGACCGGGCCAUCCCUCGCCGCUCGCUCGCCGGUCUUCAAGGCGCAGCUCUUUGGUUCCAUGGCGGACGCCCAGACGGACAGCAUCACGCUGCACGACGUCCAGCCGGAGGUUUUCCGAAUCCUGCUGCGGUUCAUGUACACCGACACAGUGCCCACGGACACAGACCUCAUCAAACAUCUCGAGGGCUCUUCAGCCACGGACUUGCUCCAGCACUUGCUUGCGGCGGCAGACAUGUACCAGCUGGACAGGCUGAAGCUCAUGUGCGCGCAGAAGCUAUGGGACUGUGUGUCGCCGGAGACCGUGGCGGCGACGUUGGUCUGCGCUGAGAUGCACAACUGUUCGGAGCUGAAGAAGAUGUGCAUCGACUUCUUUGUGGUGGACAAGAAUUUCAAGAGCGCGGUGUUGACAGAGGGCUACUCGCGCCUGAUACAGGGCUUCCGUCAGUUAUCGAGGAGAUCAGAGCAAGGCUAG